GGAUGGGAUAUGAAACGCAAAAGCCCCAAUGAGGGAAGCUCCGCCAUGUGCGCGUGCGUAGCAGGGAGAGGGGCGAAGUGGGUGGGGCAAGAGGAGGCGCGCUAAGAAAGGGAACGCGGCGCCGAGCCGGUCAGAAGCAGCAGCGGCAGCAGCAGCGGUAGCAGCUGCGCGCAGGCGCACUGGCGGCGGGCUGAUAUUUAAAGGGACCGCACCAGCGGCUGCUGCUGCCGCCCCCGGACAGGGAAGGAGGCGCCGGUCUCUGUUUUUUUUCGGCGGGGUGGGGGCCAGAGGCUUCGCUUCUCCCGCCCGAGAAGAUGGUGUGCGGGGGGUUCGCCUGCUCGCGCAACGCGCUGUGCGCCCUGAACGUUGUUUACGUGGUGAGUGUGACAGGCGGGCGGCCCCUCCCUUGCCUUAGCAAGAUGGGGGGGGGUGUUUUGGGGGAGGGGGCCUGAGAAAGUGGGGCGGGGAGGGGGCUUGGCCAUGAAUGGGGCAGCUGUGGGCCCUUUCAGGAUCACAGCAGGAAGUGUCUUCCUUCCUUUUUUUUUUAAAAAAAGAAAGGGGUGGGGGUGGGGUUUAUGGGGGGAGGGGUUGAGGAGUGGGGGUUAUUUGGGGGGGUCAGCUGCUCCCUCUCCCUGGGAUAAUAGGUGAGGGUGGAGCAAGGUGGCUCUCUUGGGUGGCCUCCUCCUGCCUGGAGAAAGGAUGGCAGGCCCUUUCCCUCCCUCCCUGGUGGGGUGGAUGUGAUGUGGGGAGGGUUGAGGUGGGAAAAGGAAAGAACUGGGUUUUUAGGCCAAAGCCCACGAGAGGUGCGAUGCCAGGCCAGUGCGGGAGAGGGGAUCUGGCAAUGGUACCCGCCUGGAGAAGACCAAAGAAGUUACAGAGUGCAGCUUUUGUUGGUUAAAAAGGAUGCUGAGCCUCCUGUUGUGUCAGCUGCGUGUUUCUCUCCCCAUCUAGUUCUAAGAGGCUGUGAGGUGUACAGUGGUAUCUCGGGUUACAUACGCUUCAGGUUACAGACUCUGCUUACCCAGAAAUAGUACCUUGGGUUAAGAACUUUGCUUCAGGAUGAGAACAGAAAUCGUGCUCCGGAGGCGCGGCGGCAGCAGGAGGCCCCAUUAGCUAAAGUGGUGCUUCAGGUUAAGAACAGUUUCAGGUUAAGAACGGACCUCCGGAACGAAUUAAGUACUUAACCCGAGGUACCGCUGUACUUGUGUGCAUUUUACCAGUACUGCUGCACGUGUGUUUCUUUGCUAGAACAGGUCAGAGUUUUCCUUCUGUGCUUCUCCAUUGCAGAUCUGGAACAUUGCUUCGGGCUGCUCCUCUGAUUACUUGGAAACUGAGAUAAAUGAGCAGGGAAUGGCUAUUACCUAGUUUCUUGCUUGUGGGUGUUGGCAUUCCCCAGCAUUGGCCUAUAGGCCUCCUCACCAAAAAGUAAUCUCUGCCGUUUAACUAGGCCCCCAGUUAAACUGCAGGGAAGCUUUGAUCAUCUGAGGCUUUCGCAUACGAGCAAUAACUUGAGCAAAUGUAAAAGGCUGCUUUAAUAGCAGUGCAGUAUUUCAUGCGCAGGAAGUAUUAGAUAAUGGUGUUAUGAGCAAUGGAUGUCUCAACUACUUGGUGGACGGUUGUUGAGACCUAAUAUACCUCUGCUCUGCUAAGAUGUACAAAAGAUUUAGGGUGAAUAAAGCAUGUCUGGGUGAAUAUAAGGGUGUUUGUUGGGGUAUGUGUUGCUGUGAUAAUGCUGGAAUAUUAGGUGGAAAAAAGAACAGAACUUUAAAAGACUCCUGAGUCUGAUUAAUUUACUAAGUUACGCUGCAAUUCUAAACCUACGUAUUGGGCAUUAAGUUCCACCGGACACAUUAUCUGAGUAAAUGUGCAUAGGAUUGCUCAGUCAGGGAGGAAAGAUCACUGAGUUAAGAGUAGGCCAGUCUGCACCAGGUAACCUGAUUCCACAUUUAACAGGCCAACCUGUAGGCACAUGGAGUGUUCCUACGCAGAUGUCCCUGAAAGUACAAGUCACUUUGAACUCAUAUUUUUAAGCAAAGUAUGUUUUUAUUUUUUAUUUUUGCUUUGAACACUUAGGCCAGUGGUUUUUAACCAGUGUGCCGUGGCACCCUGGGGUACCUUGAAUGAUGGUCAGGGAGGCCGCAGGCUACACUGGCCUCUGUCCCUUUUACCUUCCCUCCCUUCUCUGAUGCCCUCUUGUGUCUCUGCCUCCCAAAGGCUUUCACAGCUGUUUGUUGCAGCAGCCCUGGCUACAAGCUCCCCAGCUGAAUGGUGCUUCUGGGGCUGGCCAGAGGGUGCUGGUUGCCAGAAGCUGAGGUGGCCCCGGGAUAAGCAAGCAAGCGGGCGAGGGAGCCCAGCCAGCCAGUUCACCAGCCCUUGCUGUUAGGAAUGGAGUAUGGACAGACAAGUCCCAGAUGCCUGUGGGGCAGUGUGAGGAGGCAUCUCUCUUUAGGGCAUGGGGGGGCAGAUCAGAGACCAGGGGUAGCAUCAGUGACUGCCCAGAGGACUCCCAAGGAGAUGGGAAGGGUGGGGAAAGGAGAGGAGGCUGAGGUCAACACUCCACAAGGGAGGUUGUUCGAGAAAGGGUGAGAGGCUGCCAGCUCUGCAGGCAGGGGGUGGCAUAACUGGGUUCCAGAGCCCCACAGGGGUGCCCUAGAAAGAAUGUAAUCGGUCAAGGGAGCCAUGGACCCAAAAAGGAUUAAAACCUCUGCCUUAGGCAGUAGAAAAUCUCAGCUCGAAGAUUCAAGUGUGUGUUGAAUGUCUUGCAAACAUUGCUUCUUUUCCCAGUAGUUUGUAGGAUGGAAUCUACCUGAAAUCAAUCAUCCCUCUCCUCAUGUUCUUCAACAUGUUCUGGGGGGGAGGUGCAAAUGCUUCUACCAAGCUGCUAGUAGAGAGGAAAGGAUGCAGAAAUGUUUGCUGGUAGGACAGUCUCUGGGAAUUCCAUGACAUUCAGGGCUGAGCAUCUUCAGUAGAUCUGCAAUUCCGCAGAAAAUGUGCAGCUUUUAAAAGAAGCAAGUAUUUGCCCCUUAAUGGUUGCAGGGGCAAAAUGUUUUUUGCCUCCCCUCACCAGUCAUUUCUCACACAAAUCAAGAGAGGAUUACGUGGGCUGUAUGUUGCACACGCCCUUCUCUCUUCUGUGUAACCCCUGUUCCCUGCUAAAAAUGAAUUAUCUUGAUCUUGCUGGACAUUUGGAAAUCUUCCAAAAACUUGGAGUUAGGCCAAGCUAUGCAAAAUAAGCAGAUAGUUGUAACAUCAUCUGAUUUUGUAUAAUUUAUCCAAGUCACAGAACAUGAAUUCUUCUAUGGUGCAGAGGAUAUAUAGUCUUACAAUUGCUUUUACUUUACCAACAAUAUUCCUGCCAUUAUGAUGGACACCCUUUACAGUCUCCUGUAAAAAUGGUUGUUCCCUGUGAAUCCAAGGUAAUGGGGCUGUGCUCAUGGAUGUAGUUACUGUGGGGGCAAAGCAUUCUUUUUGUUAGGCUGGGCAGAUUUUGGCUUCCACCUCAAUACCCUUUUCUUGAUUAGGAGAAUCGUAGAGUUGGAGGAGGACUUGAGGUCCUUAGUCUUUCUGCCCUCUGCUUCGUGGAGGAAAUUGAGCUAGAGCCUCCCCAACAGAUUAUGGUCCAGUCUCUGCUUGAAAACACCCCACAACCACAAUGAGAGCCCACCACUCCUCUUGGUAACUGGUUCCCUUGUGUAACUCCUCUUACCAUCAAGUUGUUUUUCCUAAGGCUCUGCUGAAAUUUAACCUAUAACGUCAGACCAUUAGAUCUAGCUCUUGCCACCUGGAAAAGCAGAAAACAGGUCUUUGCUCACAUAGAACUGAAAGAGGACAAUCUUCAAGUACCCGUAGAGCUCUGUCAUGUCCUCAACAUCCCCAUCUUCGUUUUUUCCACCUCUAAAUUAUUCAGUUACUUAAAUCUUUCUUCAUUUAUUUUCUGCAACCCUCUUCAUUGCCCCUCUCUGCGUCUGUUCCAGUUUGUCUGUAUUCUUAAAGUGUGGCAUCCAGAACGUGACACACUGCUCAAGAUGAGUGUGAGGGCUGCAAGGAAGUCAACAAAAGUCAUUCACUCUUACAAAUAAAGAUGACCAGUGCUGGCAGCUGAGGAGCACGGCGUCCUCUUAGUGGCUUGAUUCUCGGUGAAGAGUGAGGAUCUGAUUUAGCCCUUUAAUUCAGUGAUGUCCUCGAGUGAACCAAGUAGAGAAAGCCAUGCAACCAAAGAUUCACUAUAAAAAUACCAGAACAAAAAUACAAACCCCAUUUCAAAUAAUAAUUGCAUUUUAUUGCAUGUAUAUAAAGCUCUGGUAGGUCACCAGUUUACUGGAAUGAUUUAUAAGGAGGAGUGGAGCAGCUGAACUGGAGAGUCAUCAGCAGAUGUUGCAAGUGAUAUUAAGUGCUGAAGUGGGAUGUUCUUCGUUGUCUCUGUAUGAGGGCAAGCACCUAGCUUUACACGACUUGCUACAGCAUGUCUGCCCAUGCUCAAUUCUGUAUCGGUUGGCCUGGGAGCAGCUUUGAACCAUUUAAAUGCAGUUAACAUAAUUAAAAGUUAACAUCCUGGAUGGGUCCAGGGCCAGCAAGAAAAUAUUUAAGAGUGCUUUAGGUGAAAUUGUUAUUGCCUUAGUCACUAUGUUGUAGUGUGGUCUGUUCUUCCACCUACUUUUAUCUAGGUGUUUAAUGUAUUCUGUGUGAUCUGUAGAAUAUGGCAGUAGCAGUGAAGGAGAGCACGGGUAGGGUUUGGGGUCAGGGCUUUUGGUGGGCCACAGGCAGCUGGAAAGGCUCCUGGAACUUCUUCCCUGAUCUCUUAGGAGAUGCAGAACCAGUCUUGUAAGUCACAUAUUUCAGUUUCAUCAUCUGUUUGCUGCUGCAAGGAUUAAGGAAGAAGGUUGAACCUGCAGAGCAAUGUGGGGCAAUGGGUGUGCAAGGAUACAGGAGCAGUGACAUCAUGGGAUUCCGCCAGCUGAUCAGGGGUUCCCAAAAUCUGGUCCGCAGACCAUUACUUCAUUCAGUUGGUCUGCUGCACAUCUGUGGAUUUGUGGCUGAAGACGGGAGAUGGCAAUCCAUCGCAUCAAAUAUUCAUACUGAUUUUUAAUUGUGUUUCAAUUUCGGCUUUUAUUUCUUACAUUGUAUUUUAUUCUACCACUGUUUGAAUUCUGCGGAAUACAACACAUAAGAAAUGGCAGGGCCAACUAGAGUACAAAUAUAAUUAAAAUCAUACAGCAUCUAGUAGAGUGUAUUACCAUUGCUACAGCUGGCAAAUAAAUAAAUAAGCAGUCCACCUUCAGCAGCUUUCAAGUUGUCCCCAGCCACUUUGGGCGGCUUCCAACGAAGAUUAAAAAUACAUUAAAAUGUCACACAUUAAAAACUUCCCUAAACAGGGCUGCCUUCAGAUGCAUUCUAAAUGUCAGGUAGUUGUUUAUCUCUUGGACAUCUGAUGGGAGGGCGUUCCACAGGGCGGGCACCACUACCAAGAAGGCCCUCUGCCAGGUUCCCUGUAGCUUUGCUUCUCGCAGUGAGGGAACUGCCAGAAGGCCCUUGGCGCUGGACCUCAUCAUCCGGGCAGAACGAUGGGGGUGGAGACGCUCCUUCAGGUAUACUGGACCAAUGCCGUUUAAGGCUUUAAAGGUAAACACCAACACUUUGAAUUGUGCUUGGAAACAUACUGGGAGCCAAUGUAGGUCUUUCAAGACCAGUAUUAUAUGGUCUCUGCGGCCGCCCCCAGUCACCAGUCUAGCUGCCACAUUCUGGAUUAGUUGUAGUUUCCGGGUCACCUUCAAAGGUAGCCCCACGUAGAGCGCAUUGCAGUAGUCCAAGCGGGAGAUAACUAGAGCAUGCACCACUCUGGCAAGACAGUUUAGGGCAGAAUGACAUGUUUUAUUGGCAAAUGUGCUUCCCAGCUGGGGAAUGCCAAUUUAGUAACUGGGUAUUUGAUUGGGAGGGUGGGUGGUUUGAUAGGCUGGGGUGUGCAUGCGCACGCAUGUGUGUGCAUGUGUGCUCGCACUCUUAACCAUUUCCUGCCCGCAAAUGCUGUGUUUGAAUUCCUACCCUACAAGGGUGGAACAAGUGCCAGGACGGAGGUUGCAGGUCAAAAGUAGUAAGGGGAAGAAGAGUUAAGCACAUCCACCUGUGAGCUGAUCCUCCCUUGCAAGUGCUGCCAGGUCCUUUAUUUGCAUUUAUACGGCAAACAUGGUUUCGAGGUCCCUGCAUGUGUUGUGUAAAAUGUAAUUCUGUGUUCUAGAAGCUGCUAAUGGGUGUUGAAAUUUAUCAAGGGCAACCAUGAGAGCUAGAAAUAUGUUUUAAAAUAGAUCUAAAUGCCUCUGAUCAGGAUUCCAUUAUUAGCUCUCUAAUCCCAUAUUCCAUCCUAUUACUGCUGUCGUUUCUUUUCAUAUGGGUUUUGAGAUUUCCUCAUGUAGUCAUGACAUGCAAUAUAGAUAUUACACUUGCACAACCAUAAAAUAAAAUAAGAUAGCUUAAAACAGAACAAUUGUGGAGCAGGGUGCAUUACAGUUGACAACCAUUUCACGCAGGGGUUCUGUUCCUGACCCCCACGUGCAUUGGAGGAGUGCGCAUGAGGACCCCCGCCCCCAUUACACCCUCCCCCCCAAUUUACUUUACUUUUAUUUUAUUUUAUUUCUUCUCAGUUCCCCUUGUUUGUUUGUUUAUUUAUUAUUAUUAUUUUAAAUAGUAAAUUUUAUUAGUACUUUCCAUACAACAACAAAAAAACAAAAAAUAACAAAACACAAAAACAGGCAUAUGAAAAACAAAUCCAAAUCUUACAAAUUAAUAAUAUAAACACUAAAAAGGAAAACAAACAUUGACUUCCACCAAUCCCACAGCACCUCCUUUACCUCUCAUUGUAUCUUCCUGUUUUCCUUAUCAUCUCUAUCCUAGCAUCUACAUAUAAAUCCUUCUUUCUUAUCCUUUCACUUCACAAGGUUAUUCCAGACUCAGCCAGAUUUCUGUCCUCAAACCUUGGCUUUUAAGGUAUUUGUUUAGGCACUCCCAUUCCUUUUUCAAUUCACUUUUUGGUUUCCCAUUACACCCGUUUAGUUUCAUGCUUUUUUGGGUCACUUCCAGGUCCCGCAGUGUGUGCACGUGCGCAACUGCGUAUCAUUUAGAUGCACAUUAAUCGGUUGUUGCCUGUACUACCAUUGCAGGCUGAUUGCACAGCACGGUGUAGUACAGGACUAAACCUAUUUUGCCUUCAUCACCUCAAUAUGUUAUUUCAUGUGGGUAUGCACAAUACUGGUUUAUGCUGCAGAAGUUCUCUAACAUAUCAAAUGUGUAAGAAGGUACUGGCAGUAUUGAGAUAAAGAUAACUUCAGUUGGGAACAGGGGCUGUUGAACACUGAUAGCCUUCCAGUCUUCUCAAAUUAUAGCAUGCACUCAGUUAACAUGUGCACUAUAAUUUAUCUGUGGGCUUGUGUAAAUUCUAAAUAUGAGUUAAGGUCUCAGAACAAAAAUGGGAAAUGUUAAUGGCACUUCUAGCAUGAAGGAAAGUAUCUAAGGACUAAACAAGAAGCGGCGAAAAAGACAGGUGCCACAGUCAAGAGCUCUGAUCCUGCUAGUGAAUGGAUGAUCCAUUUUUCAAAUAGCCCCAAACAUGUAGAGAAUAAUAAUAAUAAUAUUUUUUUAUUUAUACCCCGCCCUCCCCAGCCAAGGCCAGGCUCAGAGCGGCUUACAAGCAAUAAUAAAAACAAGAUGCAUGAUUACAACUUAAAAACAAAAAGAAAAUACAACAUUAAAAUAAUGGAACAUUAAACUUGCUGCCUGAUAAAUUUCUUGCGUUUUUCAAGGAAAGCCUUAGAUAAGCCAAAAUGAAAUCAAGUCACAGAUGAUGGGAAGCCUGAUCCAGCAACCUGCCGAUUUAGAGGACUAUGAUUUUAAACAAGUAUUUGUGCCUGUUGACUUCCGUAGGAUUAAACCUCUUUAAAUCUGAAGCAUGCAUGUGGCUGAAAUGAAGAGGGCAACCAGAAAGAGUUGAAGAUACGGUGGUACCUCUGGUUAUGUACUUAAUUCGUUCCGGAGGUCCGUUCUUAACCUGAAACUGUUCUUAACCUGAAGCACCACUUUAGCUAAUGGGGCCUCCUGCUGCUGCCGCACUGCCAGAGCACGAUUUCUGUUCUCAUCCUGAAGCAAAGUUCUUAACCCGAGGUACUAUUUCUGGGUUAGCGGAGUCUGUAACCUGAAGCAUCUGUAACCCAAGGUACCACUGUACGUAUGAAUGAAUUAAGCCUCAAAGGAAAGAAGUGCUAGUGCUGCCAUUCCCGCCCUCCUUCUGUUCUAUGCUUCCAACUCCUCCAUUCUGACUCCCCUGAAUUCUUCUUUCUUUCCAGCUGGUCGGGCUGCUGCUGAUUGGCGUGGCUGCCUGGGGCAAAGCCUACGGCAUUGUUUACAGUCUCCACAUCAUCGGAGGGGUCAUUGCUGUGGGUUUCUUCCUGCUUCUGAUCGCCAUCGUGGGGCUCAUCGGUGCUAUCAACCAUCACCAAGUCAUGCUGUUCUUUGUAUCCUUCUGUGCUGUUGCCAAGCGGGGACCAUCGCGUCCGCCCUGCCUUCCAGAAACCGGUACUUUAUUUUCUUGCCGUGCAGACACGAAACUGGACAUGCCCAGCUAAAUUGCACCAUUAGUAGAAGCAAAGAGCUCUGCCGGUCAAGAGGGGGUUAAUGGUUUUAUUCUGGUCUUCACUUGUGGGCUUUUAUGGGGUCCGGGAAGGAAAUGGAAGCACACAUACUUCGCCUAAGAUGUUUAUAGGUUUUUCCUCUUUCUUUAGUCUUUGGAAUAUUGGGAUUGCCAAAAAGGCCACACACGCACACACCUUUUUUUUGCAGCUGGCAUUUGAGUUCGCGCUGAGGGUCUGCUCUGCAGAUUCUUGUUCUGUCUGUGGUGUUGUAUGGAGAGCCUUGCAAUGUAAUGCAUUGAUGAAAGGAGGAAAGCAACUUAGUGGAGGUUCCUCUCUUAAGGCAAGUGGGCUGGAAUUUGAUUACCACCUAAUCCAUCCCUCUGACUCAGUUAAUUCUACCCCUGCAUAUUAAGUGUAAGUCUGCAAAGCAAUGUGGCCUGAGUUGUGACAGACUCUUCUUAAAUUUGCACCUUGCCCCUUCCUCCAUUUUGCAUCUCACAACAGCCAUUCCAGGUAGCUUAAGUGGAGAGAUGUGACCUUUCCAACCCAGUGAGAUUCAGAACCAAGCAGGGUUUAUAUGACACAAGGGUGUAUGCUGUCGUCUUAAGGUUCAUGUGUCUUGGAUGUGAAAGUCACUGGUGUAUGCUGUCUGCCUGGAGAGUUGGACAUAAUGGAAGCCCAACAAAAGUUAACAUCCCUGGGCCUUGUUCUCCUCUCUAAGUGAAACUGAAGCAGGGUGUGAUACCAUUAGGGCAAGUUUCCUCACCCUAAUCCAUGUCAUUGUAUCCUAUAGUUGAGUAAACUUGCAGCGCGAUGACAUCACAGGGGAUGUGGAGAAUUGCACGUAUACACCGCACCCUGGGAUCAUGUAGCGAAGGGCAGGAAGUAAGUCCAAAUAAAUAAGGACUUUGGGAGAGGUGGGCAGCUUCUUAUCUGCCACAUUACCGUAUUUUUUGCUCUAUAGGAUGCACUUUUCCCCCUCCAAAAAUUAAGGGGAAAUGUUUGUGUGUCCUAUGGAGCAAAUGCAGGCUCCUUGGCUUCAGCGAUAGCAACUCGAAGCCUCCGAAGCGCAGUGGGAGCGCUCCCUCCAUGCUCCGGAGGCUUCGUGUUGCUUUCGCUGAAGCCUGGAGAGCAAGAGGGAUCAGUGCGCACCGACUCCUCUUGCUCUCCUGGCUUCAGCGAAAGCAACAUGAAGCCUCCGGAGUGCAGCGGGACCUCGCGCUGCACUCCAGAGGCUUCGGGUUCCUUUUGCUGAAGCCAGGAGAGCAAGACUCUCCUGGCUUCAGCAGAGAGGGAGAGCUGCGCAGCGCCCCUUCAGCGAAGCGGGAAGAGAAAUGGAAGGGGCUCCGUUUCUCCUGCCGCUUAGCUGAAGGGGCACUGAGCAGAGAGGAGGAGAAAUUUUUUUUUCUUGUUCCCCCCCUCUAAAACAAGGUGCGUCCUAUGGUCAGGUGUGUCCUAUAGAGCGAAAAAUACGGUACCUACCGUAUUUUUCCGUGGAUAAAACUAUAAGACUGUUGUCCCCCCAAAGAAAUAAUGUCAAAAAUCAGUGGGCGUCUUAUACGUGGAUAGUGCUGAGGGUGGACUGGCGAUUGGUUGUUGCCCAAAAAUAGGGGGCGUCUUAUACAUGGGGGCAUCUUAUAGACGGAAAAAUACAGUAAUUCUGCCAGAGGGUCAACCCAGGCAUCUUCAGUUACUCCUGCCAAUAAGUUCAAAGCAUACAAAAAUGGAAGUGGGGGAAAUAAUGGCCCGAGGGCUGUUUUUUCCUAGGGCUGCCAUACGUCUGGAAUUUCCUGGAAAAUGCCAGGAUUUGGCUGCCAAAAGUCGCAUCCAGGCGGAACUUUCGUCAGCCGGUUUAAAUGUCUGGGGAAACCCAGAAGUAUGGCAGCCCAUUGUGGAACUGGGUUUUUUGCCCAAGUUUCUCAAAAAAACUCAAUAACUUGGGCAAAAGAAAAAGGUCAGCAACUUUUGUGUCCGGAUUUCCACCUCCUGAAAUAUGGCAACCCUACUGUUUUCCUGCAGCACAGUACAAUGUCCUGAGUUUCACGUAUACAGGUAUCUGCCACAGGAAGCUUCAGUCAGUCACUGUGUUCCUUGUAAAAAACAAACGAACAAACAAUUAUUUUAUUACUUUACCAUGUAUGGCACCAUAGCCGCCAACUCUAAGGGGCCCAGCUCUUUUGAUUCCCCCUCCACCAAUAUUUUUUUCCAAAAACUUACUCCAGCGUGUUUCAGAUAGGCCCAGUGAGCAACACAGAUUUAUCAGUUGGAUGUGUUUGCCAGCGAUGUGUGUUUUUGAAGAGACAGCUUAGUAUGAAAUCCCACUCCUCCCUACAAGGGACAAUGAGAUUGUCUGGGCAUCGUUUGCCUCUGCUUUUCAGUGCCUGGCAUGGAACGAUACGAGGAGAUGUCCCAAAUAUUCACUGGUUCCAGUGGCUUCUAGUAAAAUUUGGUUUGGCAGGGAUGGUUUGUGAAAAAUAGCCUUCUUUGAAGUGGUGAUGGUUGCUUCGAAUGUGGAUGGGGGAAACUCUUUUAAUUAGUAGGAAAGUACUUAAAAAGAGUUAAGCACUAAAAUUACAAAAUAAUAAACUUUUAGGAUGCUAAAAGUAAAAUAACAAUGUUUCAGUGGACAAAAGGCCUAUGUAGUUCUUAAAGAAAAACAGUAGCUUAAGGAAGAUGUUCAUUAUUUUCAUAGGGUGGCAUUUUGUGGGGCUGGGGCUGCCUUUCUGUAUUUAAAGUUUAGCUUCCCCUGUCCACCCUGAUCCCAAUAUUGGCCAAAACCAUCCAAGGGCGUGUCAGAAAUGAUGCACACAAUAGUUGGCGAUGAAUGGCAUUCUGCCUUUUACAAAACUCUGGAAGCAGCAUGGCUUUCUUUCAUAUCAGGUUUGCAAACUUGUUGUCUUAACUUCUGCUGUACAAAAAAAAUAAUGGAUACCAUUUGGCUAGAGAGGCUUAUACGUAAUAAAUCUUACUGCCACCUUCUACCUGUUAAUACCAGACCGCAUGGUUUCAUGUCAGUAUCACCUGUGUUCAGAGGGUGCUGCACUCUUAAGUUGGUACUCGGCUAAGUUUUACGCAGUGUAAACCCACUGAAAUUAACAAACACGAGUAAGUUAAGUCCUGAGUAAAGCUUAGUUGAGGAGGAUUUUUGGCAUGCCAUUGGAUUGUUCCGGAGUUUGCUGGAAUCCACUAAGACAGGGGUCAGCAAACUUUUUCAGCAGGGGGCCAGUCCACUGUCCCUCAGACCUUGUGGGGGGCUGGACUAUAUUUUGAAAAAUAUAUAUGAAUGAAUUCCUAUGCCCCACAAAUAACCCAGAGAUGCAUUUUAAAUAAAAGCACACAUUCUACUCAUGUAAAAACACCAGGCAGGCCCCACAAAUAACCCAGAGAUGCAUUUUAAAUAAAAGCACACAUUCUACUCAUGGAAAAACAUGCUGAUUCUUGGACCGUCAUUGAUAACCCAUAGUACAUUGCUAUGGUAACCCAGGUUUUGUGGGAUUGUUACAACACAUGUGGCUGAUGUAUGGGUGAUUAAAUAAAAAAAUCUGGCAUGUGGGGGGAAAGGAAAGAAAGAAAUGUAGUUUGCUAAGUUGUACUGAAAAAGCCCUUUUUUUCCCGAAAAGAGCCGUAAGCAAAGGAAGACUAAGCUUCACCUAGUUUUCUGCUGACACAGUUAAAUUUCCCAGAAAUGAGCUUUGGGGUUUUUAGAGGGAGAGGGUAGUUGAGGGGAAAGGCAAAUGACACUCAAAAUGAAACCACAGAGCACCUCAAAGUUUCAGGUGGUGUUUAUCUUGAGGCUGCUGGCUGCUGUUUCAAGACCACAACAUCUGAGAGAGGACUAAGAAGGGUGUGGCAAAUCAGGGGUCUGGAGGGACACCAUCCAUUCACUUUUAUGGGAGUACUGUAGAAUACAUCUCUCCCCUCACCCAGCCUCCAAAUUGAGAUCAUUUCUGUUCUUGUGGAUUUCUGAAUGGAACAGCAGAGUUCAUGAAUGACAGGAUGUACGCACAGGAGUGAUCAGAUCACCACUUUGUUUCCUCAGACGCCUGGGAAGUGCUGAUGUAAGAUUUCCCAGUAAUUACUGUUAGGGAAAGGGACGUGGUUGAUGCUGUGGUCUAAGCCACAGAGCCUAGGGCUUGCCGAUCAGAAGGUCAGUAGUUUAAAUCCCCGCGCCGGGGUGAGCUCCCGUUGCUCGGUCCCUGCUCCUGCCAACCUAGCAGUUCGAAAGCACAUCAAAGUGCAAGUAGAUUAAUAGGUACCGCUCCGGCGGGAAGGUAAACGCUGUUUCUGUGCGCUGCUCUGGUUCGCCAGAAGUGGCUUAGUCAUGCUGGCCACAUGACCCGGAAGCUGUACACCGGCUCCCUUGGCCAAUAAAGCGAGAUGAGCGCCGCAACCCCAGAGUCGGUCACGAAUGGACCUAAUGGUCAGGGGCCGCUUCUGGCAAACCAGAGCAGCGCACGGAAAUGCUGUUUACCUUCCCGCUGGAGCGGUACCUAUUUAUCUACUUGCACUUUGACAUGCUUUCGAACUGCUAGGUUGGCAGGAGCAGGGACCGAACAAUGGUAGUUCAAUGUAAGACCCCUCUUAAAAACAUCUAAAGAAGGGUGGCUUUCAGAAGCCGCUUCCUUCCGCACCAGAACUGUGUUGCCUCAAAAUCUCCCUUUCUUGCUAAUGUAUGGCAGGUAUUCUGCGCCUUUUAAUCUGAUCUUCCAAUUGUGUCAUCGCUGGAGGUGGGGAGCAUUAAGGGACCAAGGAGAUUUGGGUGUUGAAAGUCUUAGAAGUAAAUUUGGUUUUGAAGUCGCUGAAAGAGAAUGCAGAACACCCUUCACAAAUAAAGGAUGGUAUCUUGGGAACCAGCAGUAAACUUUUAAACCUGGAGUUAAGUUUACAACUUAAAGAAAAAAUAAGGCAUUUAUUCCCUGUGUGUCCAAGAUGUCUGCCAGAGGUGGAAAAAACCCUCUCUGAGAAAACUGCUUGGUAUACCAUAAAAUGAUAAGAGUCUAAAACACGGUGAUCCAACUUUCCAGACCAUGAGUACUGCAUGAGUACACAGAAUCCGCAGGCCACACACACACUGAAUUAAGUUUCGAUACCUUGAAUAAAAUGUUUUAAUGUUAUUUAAUAUACAAUAAUGUAUCAGUAAAUAUAAUUAAAUGCACAAUAAGUUGAUUUAAUAUAUUUAAUUAUUAAACAAAAGUAAUAGAUGUGCUCUCAUCAACAAUGCAUUACCGAAAUAAUAUUUUUUUAAGGCUUUCAGGAGUUUUUUCUCGAAUGUUACCAAGGGCAUUUUUUAAAAAAAGGCACCAGGGACUGCAUGCUGGACCACCCUGGUCUAAAAAGACACAUGACUGAAUACAUUUCAAGUUGAAAACUGGAAGAAGUCGGAGGUGUUUUAUCUCCAAUUAGCUCUUCAUUGGUGCUUCCUUUUAGAACCUCUCUACUUUCUCAAGCAUUUCCUUAACGUCACUUUCUCAUCAGUACAUGAUCAUUUUAGGGCUAGUGUUUCUCUUCCAGUUUGGCGUCUCCUGUUCGUGUCUGGCACUCACAAGAAGUAAACAGGUAAGGGCACCUUCCUGCCUUGAAGUUCAUUCAGGUUUGGAGGGAACUCGUGGAGUGUGUUUUUUAACCUGCAGCUCAGGUUGGGAGAGAGAUAUUGCUUGGGAGAAAAACGAAAAGGUAAAUCUUCAUUUGCACAUCACUACUUCCAGCUCAAAGGGACGUGGGCGGCACUGUGGGUUAAGCCGCACAGCCUAGGGCUUGCCGAUCAGAAGGUCGGCAGUUUGAAUCCCUGUGACGGGGUGAGCUCCCGUUGCUCGGUCCCUGCUCCUGCCAACCUAGCAGUUCGAAAGCACGUCAAAGUGCAAGUAGAUAAAUAGGUACUGCUCCGGCGGGAAGGUAAACAGCGUUUCCGUGCACUGCUCUAGUUCGCCAGAAGUGGCUUAGUCAUGCUGGCCACAUGACCCAGAAGCUGUACGCCGGCUCCCUCGGCCAGUAAAGCGAGAUGAGCGCCACAACCCCAGAGUCGGCCACGACUGGACCUAAUGGUCAGGGGUCCCUUUACCUUUACCUUACUUCCAGCUCAAUUGCACCCCCUUCCCUCCAGCGCAUCCCAUCCAGAUCUUAAGCACAUCAGCGAGUUUCUUCUAUUAAUUGGGGAUGCCGGACGAAAGAGUAGGCUCAACCUCCUCUCCCUAUAGCACCUUUACAGUUCCGAGCACACAAAAGUUGCAGGCUAGUGACAAUGUGUAGUAGCCUGCUGGAGACUGGUGAAAGAGGGACAGGUUGUUCCUGCCCUUUCCCAGCAGCCUGUUGCAAUCCCUUCCUCUGUUCUUCCUCUGGCAGCCUACAGUCGUACCUUGGAAACCGAACGGAAUCGUGUCCGUCCGACUUCUAAAACGUCCGGAAACCAAAUCACAGCUUCUGAUUGGCUGCAGGAAGCUCCUGCAGCCAAUCGGAAGCCGCGGAAGCACCAUCGGGCGUUCAGAUUCCAAAAGAACAUUCGCAAACUGGAACAAUCACUUCCGGGAUUGCGGCAUUCAGGAGCCUAAAUAUCCGAUUUCCAGGGCGUUUGGGAUCCAAGGUACGACUGUAUUUGGUUUCUGUGCUGGGAAAGGGGAGGGCCUCUUCCGCAAGACUUCUCACUCACCCACAUGCAAUUCCUUCUUGGCCAUGGAUACCAGGCCACUACGUAAAUAGCAAGGUUGCUUUAGUAAUUGAUUUUGGGGUGCUUUUAUUCUAAUUUAACCAUUUACCAUGAAUUAAACUUGCCACCACCACAGCAAAAAAAAUUCCUGCUAUUCGUUAUGAAUUGAGAGGGGAUUGUAUUUCAAGUAACACGGAAUGUCUGCCCUCCCUAUUUUUUACUUUCCUCUCAGGAAAGUCUCCUGAAUGGUGCGUGGGAAAUGAGCAACGACACCAAGAAGUCACUGGAAAACAGAUUUAACUGCUGCGGGCUAUUCAACAACUCUCUCGAAGCUAGCAAGAAAUUCAAGGCUGAUGUUGAAAUGUGCAAAGCGGUAAGUGUUCACUUCACCUUGAACCCUUUGUGUCUCGGGUGACAGAGAAAGAUCUCCAUCCAUCACUAAAUUACUGGGGAUAACGGAUCUCAAAUUAAGACGGCUUAGUCAAAGGUCUGCUCCUUGAAGGUGGCUGGGUGAUUGUCCCUAUACACUGUGAAAAAUAGGCUGUCAAUGAAUAUACUUAAAUAGUGAAAACAUAUUGCUGUGAUUGCAGUUGUUUAAUUAAAGUUGGAAGUCAUGGGCAAUGAUACAACCAGAUUUGUGACUUGACCUAGCAGACCAGACCAUUGAUUGGCUUCUAAAAAACCAUUGAGGUUUGUAUGCACUGAUAGUUGGCAAUACCUAAUGCCUGCGCUGAUGGAGCAAUCUGCAUAGUGCUGUGUAGGAUUUCCCCCAAUGUACGGAAGCAGUAGAGAACCGUGUUAAAACACAGGCCAUUUUAAAAUAAACGAAACAGCAGUAUAAAUCCCGACAGCUAAAAAAAAUAAAUUAUACAGUACAUCUCUUUUUACUGGAGUCUCACUUUUCCUCUUCUGCUGCUGAUGUCUACAGAGGCCUACUUUCCCUUAAGAAACCUUUUCUGUUCUUUCUACCUUCUUCCAUUCAGGGCACUUAACCAAUUCCUAAAUUACCAGACCAUCCGCAACUGUGUAUUUCCUCCCAUUGUCAUUUUGAUCAGUAUGGCUGGCCAUUUAAGACUGAACAGGGAUCAAAUCCAGUAUUUUGCCUCUUCUUAUUAGUACUCUUUAACACUAGCCGCCCUUCUGUUCCUUUUGUCUAACGUGCCUUGGGGUAUUUCCCCUGCCCUGCCCCUUUCUCUUUUCUGUUAUUUUCCAAUUGCAGGGUUGUUUCUUUGCUUUUUCAAACUUAUAAAAUGGGCUUUGCCUAGGGAUCCCCAGCUCUUUACAGAAUAUUUUUGCUAAUAUACUUACUGUCUCAUACAGGAUGAGCCAGACUUCUUCUGUCUGGGAGAGCCAGUGUGGUGUAGUGGUUAAGAGCGGUAGAUUCGUAAUCUGGUGAACUGGGUUCGCUUCCCCGUUCCUCCACAUGCAGCUGCUGGGUGAUCUUGGGCUAGUCACACUUCUCUGAAGUCUCUCAGCCCCACUCACCUCACAGAGUGUUUGUUGUGGGGGAGGAAGGAAAAGGAGAUUGUUAGCCGCUUUGAGACUCCUUCGGGUAGUGAUAAAGCGGGAUAUCAAAUCCAAACUACUCUUCUUCUUCUUCUUCUUCUUCUUCUUCUUCUUCUUCUUCUUCUUCUUCUGUUUCACAGUUGCCUAGAUAGAACAUGGCAUUUCAGGAGAAGACUAGCAAGCUGUAUUUUCAGAGAUGUUUGUCCAUCAUUACUGAUCUUUCCCCGCUACAUAGCGUAGAAACUGUGUCUCCCUGCAAGUGAUAACCAGAGUCACAGUGCUUUUUUUCUUUUAACCUUCCCACCUUGCAGCCAUGCACAAAAUCAAAAACCGGGUGCAUCAGUUGCGGUGAGGUGAUGAUGGAACAUGCGGGCGAGGCCUUGAAAAUCCUUGGUGGAGUUGGACUCUUCUUCAGUUUCACAGAGGUAACUAUGUCUAUUAGGCUGAUUGGGGGAGGAACAGGAGAAUAUUCUUUGUACAUCAUUGGUAGCUUUGCCACCCCCACCCAGGGCUCUUCCUGUACAGCUAAGAAGCAGAAUCUCAACAGCUGCAGACUGUGCUGGUAUGAAUGGUAAUGAAGUAAAAAAUCGUACCAGUUUGAAUUUCUGCCUGAUAAUUCAGAUAUUUAAUAAAGGAAACUAGCUGCACUGGGGAAAGAGGGCAGCCAUUAGGCUAGAUGGAUGGUUGCUUCGGGACGCGGAUGGCGCUGUGGGUUAAACCACAGAGCCUAGGACUUGCCGAUCAGAAGGUUGGCGGUUCAAAUCCCUGCGACGGGGUGAGCUCCCGUUGCUUGGUCCCUGCUUCUGCCAACCUAGCAGUUUGAAAGCACGUCAAAGUGCAAGUAGAUAAAUAGGUACCACUCCGGCGGGAAGGUAAACGGCGUUUCCAUGUGCUGCUCUGGUUCACCAGAAGCGGCUUAGUCAUGCUGGCCACAUGACCCGGAAGCUGUCUGUGGACAAACACCGGCUCCCUCGGCCAAUAAAGCGAGAUGAGCGCUGCAACCCCAAAGUCGGCCACGACUGGACCUAAUGGUCAGGGGACACUUUACCUUUUAAACUUGUCAAUAAGACCUCAGUAGGGAAAGGGCUGCAGCUCAGUGGUGGAGGCAGGUGGUCAUAGGUGCAAUUCCAGGUAUCUGGGCUGGGAGAACCUCUGUCUGAAACCUGAGAGAACUGCUGUCAGUCAUUCUGGAUGAUACUGAGCUAGAUUUGCCUUGGUAUAAGGCCGCUAUGAUCCUGCCAACCAGCAGUUCAAAAGCACAUCAAAGUGCAAGUAGAUAAAUAGGUACCACUCCGGCGGGAAGGUAAACGGCGUUUCUGUGCGCUGCUCUGGUUCGCCAGAAGUGGCUUAGUCAUGCUGGCCACAUGACCCGGAAGCUGUACGCCGGCUCCCUCGACCAAUAAAGCGAGAUGAGCGCCGCAACCCCAGAGUCGGCCACGACUGGACCUAAUGGUCAGGGGUCCCUUUACCUUUACCUUUUAUGGUUGCUUCACCUUCUCUUGACAUCCCAUCAAGGCGAUUCUACAUCUUCCCUAUUUGGAGAAUUCAGUUUGGAUUGCAUCUCUGAUGUGACCCACAUCAUCACGAUAGUUAAUACUCCAUAAGUAACAUAUUGAACAAGGUGAUUUGGGGUGUGAUUUUUCAAGUAAGUCCCAUAACUAGAUCCUUCCCCCCUUUUUCUCUUCCAGAUCCUUGGAGUGUGGCUUGCCAUGCGCUACAGAAACCAGAAAGACCCCAGAGCCAACCCCAGUGCCUUUUUAUAGACCAUCACAUUCCCCCAUCUUCUCUCCACCACCUUCCCCAACCAACCAUGUGUUUUCCUUUUAAUUAGUUGCACGUCCCUUAUUCAAGAGAUCCUUUUCCGUCAUGCAAGAAGAAAAGCAAUCCUUGAAGCAGCUGUGAGGGAGCUGGGGUUUUUGCCAUUCUGCCAAACUGCUGAUUGGAUGAAAUAGCAGAGCAAAGGUUCCAUCCUUGACAUGAAGCCUUUGGCAGGUGGCAAAGACGACUCUGCCUUUUUUGGGGGGGAAAUAUGGAGUUAUCCCUUUGCAGAGUCACUUAUCUAAUUGCAGCUCAUAGCUACAAUCACUUCUGUGUUUUUAAAACUUGUACUUUGGGUCAUUGUCUUUAGUGGGGGGCUUUGUUUUUAAGGCACGGGUUGAGGGGAACCUGUGGCCCUCCCAGAUGUUGCUGGACUCCAUUUUCCAUCACACUUGGUUUUGCUGUGGUCUCACUUGGGCUGAGGGCAGUAGACAUGAGAGGCACGUGCAGCGAUUCUGUAAGGGAAGUUUUUAGAUUUCAGCUGAACUAGAUGGCUGGGUCUUUUUAUUAUUAUUAUUAAGAAGUCGUGGGGUUUUUUUUUUAAUCCAUAAGUUGAAUUUUGCCUGACUUAAUCAUAAGUGCAGGUUCCCUCCUUCCGAAGGGAAAGCAGGGGCCUGUGUAAACCUUUCAAAGAACUGGAUCACCCAUAAUGUAACUGAAGUUUGCAUCUAGUGUGCACAUUUUUAAGCUGGCUUGAAAGUGGUUUUUCUGAUGACUUGUUCUAAAGGAACAGAGGACCAGAAUCUCGUCGGUCUACUGAGUCUCAGAUUCCUAGUCCCUUUGCAGUCCUCCUAUCCCUUUGGUUCCUUGACUGGGGAAAAUAGGCUUGAAGCUGCUCGCAGAAUAGAUAAGUUCUAUUGCUCCUAGAAUAUUAAGCGCUGUUCAGGCUCUUCUCCCCUAAAUCGAUCCAGUAAGGAUGUACAAGGGAAUGCAUAGCUAGCUCCAGGGGCAUGUUUUGAACCCUAGCCCAGUUCAUGUCCCUGCAGAUACUUCCAGCCUUGGUCUACUGUCAUUUAGUUAUAGAUGGGCAGCAAGAAGCUGGAACCACAAUUCCACUGAGCACCGAAAUGCUGUAAAUUUGUACUAAGCUCCUCCUGUGCUGGUGCUUUCAGCUGGCAGCCUAAGGGGGAAAACUGCUAAGCUGUGGGUGCUUCUUUCUUCUAUCUAUUUGUCCCUGAAAACUCACCUUGGCUGUUUUAGAAGAGGUUACCUGGACUUCAGUAGGGUGUCACCAAUUUCCUCUCCAAGAAUAAUGCAUAUUCGUUAUUGGAGCUUUUAGCUGCCUACAACGGACUCCUUUUGAAACCCAACAUUACACCUUCUUAUCCCCUGUAACCUUGGAAAACACCCACAAUGGACUCCUUCCAGAGUAGCGGCUGGGCGGCGACGAUGGCAGAACAAAGGAUCCGGCAGCAGGACCGUUCAGCAUCUCCACAGGCUCAACAAGGGUAGAUGUGACCUACUGCCUUAAGGGGCGGGGCGGGGGAGAGUUACAACGGCGGAGACAAUGACAGCCAGAGCGGGACAAUAGGGGACGUUACUGCUGCAGCAAGAAUGUUCCCUUUCCCCACAAACCAAGCCUCUUGGGGCAGCAAGGACUCUCCCAUAAGGGGGAAGAUGGGUGUGCCUACAGGUGAGAAGCAAAAGUCUGUUCCCUUAACCAUCAGCACAAAUGGGCACACACCUGGCACUUGGCAGAGUGGAGAAAUGGAGACGUUGGAAAGCUAGGUUAAGAGGGCUGUGGGUUGUGCAGAAAAACAUGCAUGGAUAGCAUUAAGCCUGGGCCAGCGGUACCUGUGGCUCACAAACUGCUGUUGGAUUCCAUCUCCACUCUUGCCCCUGUCAGCAGUGUCAGGGGUGAUAGGAGUCCUAGUUCAGCACCACCUAGAGCAGCCUUUCUCAACCUGUGGGUCCCCAGAUGUUGUCGAACUGCAACUCCCAUCAGCCCUAGCUAGCAAGGCCAGAGCUCAGGGAUGAUGGGAGUUGUAGUCCAACAUCAUUUGGGGACCCGCAGGUUAAGAACCGCUGAUCUAGAGGCACAGACGUUCCUCAGCCCUGGCUCAAUGUGAAUGAUCAAACAAGGAAUUUCAGAGUGAAGACACUGGCUGCAGCACUCCUCCCUCCAGUGGUGCUAGCCAACACUAAACCAUGGUUUGACAGUGCCACCACCAAACCCAUUCUCUCUGCCUCCCCCUCCCACAAACACACGUUAAACAAAACAAAUCUUGGUUAAAAGCUUGUGGUUCACGUACAAUGAAUGCUGAACCAAACCAUGGCAUAGCCCUGGAGAACAUGGCAACUGCCAUAUUUCUCCAGGACCCCACUCGUUCACACUAAGCCAUGGUUAGACACACACAAACCAGAUUUUAUACUACACCGCAGUGACUGCUCUAAUGGGCACCAUGCUAUUUAUUAAUUUGGGGUGGGGGGAGAGACACCUUUUUGCAAACAUGCACCAAAGUAUGAGGCAGGUUGGAUAAGGUGGCAGCUUCUGCAGAAACAGUUGAGCCAAGGCGUGUACUGAUCAGGUGAAAAACUGCAGCAGGCAGUAUGACCAUGUACAACUAGUUACUGGCUUGAGCUUGGCCUAGCAAGGGCUAACAAUAUUUAAAAGCUAGAGAUGGUAUUGCUCUGUACUACCCUAGAGUAAGCCAGAAAGAGGACUUAAUUCUAUUAAGCAAAGCUGUUGGCACCACUCUUUUGAGCUAAACUGCUGGGGUGGGAGACACAAGGUAAAGCUGAACAGCAGCAGCAGGGGCUGAUCAGAACAAGCUAAAAUGCACUUUAUUUAGGGUAUAGAGCACAUAAACGUUGCUAUGACUCCUAGCCAGGUUAGUAUUGCGAGCAGGUCUGUCAUCCUAUUUACUUUAGAGGAAAGACUAAACAAUAUGCCUGCUCAACCACAGGGCAGGCAGCUUUGCCGGCUGCUUCCAGGGCCCUGGGAGACUUCAUUCAGUGCUGCCUAGUUGCCCUGAACUUUUGGUAGUGGGGGGAAGAAGAAGUGGCACAGGCUUAAUGUGUGAGAAAAAAAGACGCAAUGCUCAGAAGUUCACAUCACCAGAUGGCUUUGUUAAAAUCAAUAUACUUCUACCAUCAUGUACACUGACCGCUGCCGUUGUAGACUGGAGUUACUAUUUGAAUAAAGUACAUUUCUCUCAAACCCAGGCCUUGUGAGUC